AUGACUCCACCGGCGAAGCGCCACCGCUGUUCGCCGCCGGAGCUGAACGACGACGUCAUCCGCGAGAUCCUCCUCCGCCUCCCUCCCGACGACCCCGCGCUCCUCGUCCGCUGCUCCCUCGUCUGCAAGUCAUGGCGGCGGCUCCUCUCCUCGGACCCCGUCUUCCUCCGCUCCUACCGCGACUUCCACCGGACGCCUCCCCUGCUCGGCUUCCUCUUCAACCAGUUUGGGGACGAACCCGACGUCGCCUGCUUCGCCCCAACCUCGUCCUUCCGCCUGCCAAAUCCCCACCACCGCGACUGGUACGCGCUCGACGCCCGCCACGGCCUCGUCCUCUUCACCACCACGCUCUCGCACGAUGCCGAGGCGGUGUCCGAGCACGAGCUCGUCGUCUGGGACCCCAUGACCGGGCGCCGGUGGAGGCUCGAAUUCCCCGACUUCGUCGACAACUUCAACUGGUGCGGGUCGGUGUUCUGCGCCGCCGACCGCUGCGACCACCGCGACUGCCACGGCGUCCCCUUCCUCGUCGCGGUCGCGUCCAACACCAGGUACUUCUACACCACCGCCACCAUCUACUCGUCGGAGACUGGCGCCUGGGGCAGCAAGAUCAAGCACGGGAGCGCUGACCCCGCCGACGCGGUUCGCAUGGGCAAGCCCGGCGUCUGGGUGGGCAACGCGCUCUACUUCCUCUGCGUCCGGAGCGCCAGAAUCCUGGAGUGCGACAUGGGCGGCCGCCAGCCGCUGGCGGUGUUCGACUCGCCGGUCGCCCACCGGAGAUGGCCGGACAACGGCCUCCUCUUGAAAACUCACGGCGGCGGGCCGAGGUUCGCCUUCGCGCGGCAGUCCAUGCUCUACCUCUGGUCCCGAGAGGCCGGCGCCGACGGGGCCAUGGCAUGGUCGCCACUCCGGGGCAUCAACCUGGAGCCGCUGCUCGCGGUGCUCCGCAGACCUGAUGACCACCACCGCACCACGCCAAACCUGAUCUUCGCCGACGGCGUCCGCGUCGUUCUCGCCGAGAUAGGUGGCGCCAUCUUCACCGUUGAGCUGAGCUCUCGACGAGGCAAGAAGGUGUACAGUCGGGACGACAUCCACACUGUCUUCCCCUACACGAGCUUCUACACUCCUCGCGCUUAA